CCCAUCCCAACACAAGCACCCAUCCCACACCAAGCCUCCUAUCCCAUCCCAUCCCAAUGCUGCCAUCCCAUCGCAUCUCAUCCCAUUGCAACACAACCCUUCCAUCCCACUCAUCCCAUCCCAUCCCAUCCCAUGCCAACACAACCAUCCAUCCGCUCCCAAUCCUCCCAUCCAUCCCAUCCCAAUCCUCCCAUCUCAUCCCAUCCCAAU